AUGGAGGGAGAGUUUCGGAUUGUGCGGUAUCAAGACUGGGCCGAAGAUGAGUGCGUGACCUUCGAUAUCAACAUUGACGACCUCGGGGAUGAUGAGGAAGCCUUUCUGCACUACACUUCCGGGACAACGAGCUUGCCCAAAGGGGUGUUGUCGAGCCAGAAGAGUUGGAUGUGGAACGUCACCAGCGUUGCUUCAGCAAUUGGCUUGACUCCAGGGGACCGGUUCUUUUGGCCGCUUCCCCUAUUUCAUUGCUUGGGCCAUUCGUUGUGCAUCAUCGCCACCGUGGCCCCUCUUGGACAGGCAGGCUCGGGAAGCAAUCAUUACGGGAACCAGGUCAACGACGGCGAGCAAGGCGAGGUCUGGAUACGCGGCCCCGGUCUAAUGCUCAAAUACUACAAGGAGACUCGUGCGCCUUUUACCUCAGACGUUGGCCGGAAAAAAGAACUAAUUAUCCGGGGGGGCGAAAAUAUCCUGCCUAACGAGCUGGAGCGCGUCCUGCUUCAGCAUCCCGGUGUGGCCGACGUCGUCGUGGCCGGCAUCCCACAUGGAUUGCUUGGAGAGAUACCUGCUGCCUUUAUUGUGAAGGGCGAUGCUGAUCUUGACCUAUCGGCCCUGCUUGCCGUAUGUCGUGAAGCUCUGCCAGACUAUAAAGUUCCCGCGGCGUUUUACGAGAUUGAUGUUGUGCCUCGAACUCUCUUAGUGCUCGCCGAAAUGGUGGGCGCAUGUGUGGUAGACAUUGGGCCCGAGGAGAGAGACUCAAACACGGACUGGCUUCGUCGACACUUUGACCAGCCCUUCUCGGUCCUGGGCCUGAGUUCGAUGGCUGGUGUGGUCCUCCGAGACAGACUUGCCAGUCUCACUGGCUUGGCCAAACUUCCCAAUACUCUCGUGUUUGACUACCCUACCCCGGCAGCAGUGAGCGAGUACCUUUACAACCGUGACUUCCCAGAUGACCGUGGUUGGAAUGUUGAGGCAUUGUAUAGCACUGACCCCAACGCGCCUGGCACCUCAACGACGAAGCGUGGCGGUUUCCUGCCUGACUUUGCGGACUUUGAUGCUGACCUCUUUGGCAUGGCACCCCGUGAGGCUCUCGCCACUGAUCCCCAGCAACGGCUGUUGUUGGAAACUACGUGGGAAUUGGUCGAGCGAGGUGGUAUGGCUCCGUUAUCGCUGCAAGGUAGCCAGACCGGCGUGUUUGUAGGUAUUCUGUACGAUGAUUACGAAGACAACGGCUUCGGCAACCACGAGUUGGAAGCACACCUCGGACUUGGUUCAUCCAGCAGCGUAGUCUCUGGGCGUGUCUCAUACUGUUUUGGCCUCCAUGGUCCCUCGCUUGCUGUCUCAACGGGGUGCUCUUCCUCAUUGGUCGCGAUUCACCAAGCAGCCCAGUCUCUACGAAACAGCGAGUGCCUGAUCCUUCUUGAGCGGCUGUCGGACGCCACGCGCAACGGGCAUCAAAUAUGCUCCUUGAUCCGCGGCUCCGCUGUUAACUCUGAUGGCACAUCGAAUGGGCUAACGGCACCCAACGUAGAUGUGCUUGAAGGCCAUGGCACGGCGACACCCAUAGGUGACCCUAUUGAGAUUCAGGCUGUGAUUUCAGCCUAUGGAAAUGGCAAUAGCGAGGGUAAUGACAAAAGCACUCGCCGUUCGAUACCGCUGCUUCUUGGAUCGAUCAAAUCCAACAUCGGUCACACGCAAGCUGCAGCAGCCGUCGCAGGAAUCAUCAAGAUGGUACAGGCUACACGCCAUGGCGUCGCUCCGGCGUCAUUACAUAUCCGUGAACCUUCACGGCAUGUCGACUGGAAAGACCAAGGCGAGCUGCGGUGUCUUCGUUUGGAAUUGCGGGCACGAACAGCCACAUCAUUCUGGAGCAGCCAAAUCCUGGAGAGCAAGAAGCCCCGAAACUGA